AUGGGGAUAUGUUAUCAGGCUGUUUUAAUUCCUGGCUAUAUUUCUUCACAAGGUUCUGCUCCUGAGCUGAGAAAGUGGUACAGAAUUGCAGCAGCAGAUCUUCAUAAUCUCAGUGCUGUAUUGGUUGAAAAAGAAGUUGAAACACAGUUUCAGUCCUAUUUCAUGAGUAUAAGUUGGGGCCUCAGCACGGAUGAGAGUGAUGAGCAUGGCAUGAACUGGAUAAAACAAAUUGCGAAAGCCAGCAUCAAAGAACUGACAGCCACAAAGAUUUAUGUGACCAGCAACGGAAUUCUUGAACGUUUUCAGUGUAUUCAAUGCAAUUACACAGAAAAGUUUGAAAGACAAACUGCAGUCCGUAAUCAAAGAUGGCAGUUCCAUUAUAUUGGAUUCCCUGUAGAACUGGAAACAAAAUAUUUCAUCCAUGCUUACAAUCUACCCCCAGCAAAUACAAAAGAGGAUUUUCCAUCAAAAUCCGUUUUGCUAACUACACCGGGCUGUAAAGAUAAUGUAAUGAAAUACAGCAAAAGCUGUAUUGAAAUGGGAAGUUUGUGGAAUCCAAGUAUAACCUGUAAAAUAGAGACAGAAUUAGAAGUGAAUUUUACAACAAGCAGUCUUGGGCUUGAAUAUUUAAUACUGCUUUAUGAGCAUCCAAAGUAUGAAGUACUACUUGAAAAAAAUGUGGAAGCAAAGGUACAGCUACAACUACGUGUUAAAGUACUGGUUAUAUAUCCAGAAGAAGUGAGUUUUCAUCACACUGUCCUUUCUUUUGCUGAACUCUUGCGUGAGGGCUGCCAGACUGAUGUUAUUCUAGACAUGUGGAAGAAAAGAAGAAUUGCUGAAAAAGGUUCUGUACAAUGGCUUGCUGCUCAAAAAGCAGCAGCAGAUAAGGUGAUUUUCCUCGGUUCAAACCCUACCACUGCUGCAUGUGAUGUUUCUUGUAAAAGCAUGAGAAACCACAAUAACAUAGAAAAUAUGUUCACUCUUGCAGUUAACCUCUCUUGCAGUGAAAUGACAAAUCAGUCCUCUGUACAAAAAUAUAGCUUCGUUUCUUCCAACGAGGUGAGUUCACAAGACACUUUACCAAGCGCUCUGAACUUCUGUGCAAAAUACGGUUUUAUGAAUGACGUUGAGACCUUCUGCAGAGACCUUUCUGUUUCAUGCAAUGAUGUGCAUGGCAAGAAACAGGAAAUUAACACGUGUCUGGAUACUGAGCGUUAG